AGAGAGUAAUAGACUAAGGACAUUAUAUAUUCUCUCUACCACAUUGAAUUAAUCAUACGAUAAACAUUUAUAUCCGACAUUCUUAAGGAUAAGCCAUUGUGGUCUGGAAAAUUUAAGGAAAAGAAGAUAGAAACAGAGAGUCGAGACAGAACUGUAGGCUUCAAUAAGAGACGACAAAAAAAUCCCAAUUUUCAAAUCUGACGAAGAAGCAGCCGCCUCUGAGUCAGUUAAAGCCUUGUUUGAGAGAGAGAUAAGAGAAAACAGAGCGAGUAAAAGAGAGAGAUGGAGAGAGAAUGUGAGGAAGGAGAAAUGGGGAAAAAGCUGAGACGGAGUUUCUUGGUGGGUAGUUACAGUAAAAGAGCUGGUCCUUCUACUCCUCCACCCACGUGGCGGCUCGAGCUUUCACCGCCGCGAGCCGGAACCGGAGCCAGAGCUUCCUCUGAGGUUUCUGCCCGGAAACUGUGCGCCGAUUUGUGGGAAACUGAACAAUUCCGGCCGCCGAUUGGGCUGCGACGAUGUCGACGACGGGAUUCAGAUGUGGAAUCACCUUGUGUUAGUCCUCUUCACGAUCAUCAGCCAUCAAAGAGAGGUAGCUUGAGAAGAGAAACUGCAGCAACGCUUGAGUAUCAGAGAAAUGGAGACUUGUUGCAACCAAACUCUCCUUCAAGUUUCAGCAACAAUUCACUGGAGGUUGUGGUGCGUAAGCCUGCGUUUAGCCAGACUGGUUCUUCGAUGGCUAAGUCUGCUAGCUAUGGUUUGGGUUCCUCUACAAAGCUUCUCAAGGUGCUAAACCGGAUUUGGAGUCUCGAAGAACAAAAUACUGCUAACGUGUCUUUGGUCAAAGCUCUAAAGAUGGAGCUGGAUGAAUGUAGAGCCGAGAUCAAGGAGGUGCAGCAUCGUGAGAAGCGGAGCGAUCUGCGAAUAUGGAGGAGAAAGGAGGAUGAAGAAGAGCUGAAGGAAGUGUUUCGAUCGAUAAAGAAGGAGUUAGAUGAUGAGAGGGAAUUUAGAAAGAAGUCGGAGAGUAUGCAUCGGAAGCUAACACGAGAGCUUUGUGAAGCGAAGCAUUGUUUAACAAAAGCUUUGACAGAUCUUGAGAAAGAGAGAAAGGAACACGCUGUUGUGGAAAAUCUCUGCGAUGAGUUUGCUAAAGCGGUUAGAGAUUACGAAGGUAAGGUGAGACGGAUUGGGAAUAAGUCUCCGGUGAGUGAUAAAGUCAUUGUUCAGGUUGCAGAAGUGUGGAAUGAUCAGAGGUUACAAAUGAAGCUAGAGGAAAGUGAUGAAGAGGAUUCGAUAUCUCGCAGUACUGAAAUGUUUCUGCGAGGUAAGGAGAAGCGAAGAUCACAUUCAAGAAGUGACUUGAGGGCAAAACCAGAUGAUUCAGCUUCUAUGCAUCAAAGGGUUUGCUUGAAGGAACUCAAAGAAAGGCUCGAAAAGCGAACAAGAAGAGAUAACAGGUUGCAGCUUAAGAGGUCGGAUCAAGUUAUUAAUCUAUCUAUGUCGUCGGAAGGAGACAAGAUUCAUCCGGAGACUAGUCCGAGGAAUGGUGAUGAUCAUCAUGAGAGUUCCUCGAAGAUUCUUCCGAGGAACGUCAAUGUGAGAGAGAAAACUCGUAGUCUGAAGGAUAAGCUGAUGGAAGCUCGUGUAGAGAGUCGACGUUUACGUUCUCUGAAACCAGAGUCGAGUCCGAGUCAUCCGGUGUAAGCUUGAGCCAUUUGAGAAAAUUCAUGUCUUUAGUUGGAACUUGGAAGUUAUUCUAUGUUUUGUGCAUGCUUUUAAAAUUUAGCUGAAAAUAAUAUUUUAGGGCUAGCUUUUUUGUUAAUUGUCACGGAAACCAAACCAAGUGACAAAAUCAACAGUUGGUAGACAUUUUAUUGGAUUUGAAUCUAAAUAGUAACAUGAUGACAGUAAGUACAAAUCCAGUCAAUUUUAUUUUGUCAUCUUAAAUUGGAAAAACAAAAAAAAAAUCCAAUGCAUCUAGCA